AUGAAAACCCAAUCCAGCGUGUUAUCUUUGCUGGGUGCUGCUUCGGCAGCAGCUGCAUUUGAUGCUGCACCAAACUUGAUAGACGGCGGUCCCAAGGCCAUUCCGGGAGCCUUCAUCUACGAGUUUGAAGACGGCUACACUACCGAUAGCUUUAUAUCCACAUUCUCAGGCAAUGUCAACGUUCGACAGUCCUUUGACUACCCUUUCUUCAAUGGUGUAUCCAUCCAACUGGAAAAUAACGGCACCAAGCCCGAAGAGAUCGCCAUUCGAGCUGCCUCCGGCUCGCGUAUUAAGAACAUGUGGCCCGUCUACGAAUAUCCCCGCCCCGAAUUCAAUGUCGAUGUUAUGGAUGCCGAUUCAAAGAACCCUAUGUCAAAGCGCGACGACAAAGAUAAGCCAUUUGCCCCUCAUGUCAUGAUGCAGGUUGACAAGAUGCGCGCCAAGGGCCACAUGGGUAAGGGUGUCAAGAUUGCUGUCAUUGACAGUGGUGUUGAUUACAAGCAUCCGGCUCUAGGUGGCUGCUUCGGUAAAGACUGCCUCAUAUCCUUUGGCUACGACCUCGUUGGCGAUGAUUACGGUGGCGGCAAGCCUCCCAAGCCCGAUGACGACCCCAUGGACUGUGGUGGCCACGGAACCCACGUCACUGGUAUUAUUGCUGCCCAGAAGAAUCCUCUUGGAUUCACUGGUGUUGCGCCCAAGGCCACCAUGGGCCACUACCGUGUCUUUGGUUGUCAGGGAGGAACGGGUGGCGACAUCCUGAUGAAGGCGGCGGCUAUGGCUGCUGAGUCUGGUGCCAACAUCAUCACCGCGUCCCUUGGUGCCUCUGGUGGCUGGACCCGCGAUGGUUGGAGUGAGCUUCUGUCUAGGCUCGCCAAGAAGGGAAUAAUUUCUGCCGUUGCUGCCGGCAACAGUGGUGGCGCUGGCGCUCUAUAUCCCUCUCACACUGCCAACGGUGCCAAUGUCUUCUCUAUUGCAUCUUACGACAGCACGGAGACUACAAGCAUUUUAUUUGCCUCUGAGUAUACCACUGAGGGCAGCGACAAAGUCAAAUUUGGCUAUGCUGCUGGUGACCCUAAGGACUGGAAGAACAUGACUCUUCCCCUCUGGACAGGCAACUUUGAUAUCAAGAAGCCCGACGAUGGCUGUGCACCAUACCCCGAGAACACACCUGACCUGUCUGGCCAUGCCGUCCUUAUCCGCCGCGGUACCUGCCCCUUUGUCGACAAGGCCAAGAAUGCAGCAGCCAAGGGCGCCAAGUACAUCAUUUUGUAUAACAACGCCCCUGGUGCCUUUGGCGUUGGCGUCAGAGAAGCAAAGGAGAUCAAGGCGGCGGCCAUGGUCACCCCCGAAGUUGGAGAGGCCUGGGUCAAGUCUCUUGAAGGAAAGAAGAAGAUUACAGUCACAAUGGCUCAGCCAGAUACCGCCGAGCGCAUCGUCUCUGUUGACAAGAACCUCGUUACUGGCGGUGCUCUUAGUGGUUUCACAUCGUGGGGUCCUACGCUCGAGAUGAACGUCAAGCCCCAGUUCGGCGGACCCGGGGGUAACAUUCUUUCCACUUUGCCUCUCAAGAUUGGCGGCUACGGUGUUGCCUCUGGUACUUCCAUGUCUACGCCCAUGCUUGCCGGUGUUGUUGCGCUCAUCCAAGAAGCCCGCGGAGGCAAGGUUGACCCAAUUGCCAUGCGUAACAUGCUCUCCGGAACUGCUCACCCUCAACUGUUUAACCCCGGCACUGGAUUUGAGAAGAUGCUGGCUCCAGUUGCUCAACAGGGUGCUGGUUUGGUGCAGGCUUGGGAUGCCGCCUACUCUAAGACGGUCUUGGAACCUUCAUCGCUCAGCUUCAACGAUACCACCAACAUGCCCAAGGAUCUUGAAUUUAAGAUUGUCAACAACGGCGAGGAGGCUGUUGAGUACACUGUCUCGCACAACCCCGCUGCAUCUGUUUACAUCCUUGACAAGGAGGCCAAGUGGCCGUCGCCGUUCCCCAACGACCGUAUCAAGUCUUCGAUUUCGCUCAACUUUGACCUUCUUACAAUCAAGGUUGAACCUGGCAAGGCCGCACCCAUUAAGGUUUCUCUAGAAGAUGCCAUGGGCCUGCAAGCCAGGAGGAUGCCUUUCCACUCCGGCUGGGUCACUGUCAACGGUACAGACGGCUCAGCACUCUCCCUGCCUUACCAGUACAUGGGCGUUGCGAUGAACACCAUCCCUACGCUACCUGAGGGCAGCAGCUGGGUUGCCAACUCGACAGACCGUGAGUUCAAGCCUCUUCCCAAGGGCAGCAAGUUCUUGUUGCCCAAGCCCGGCACGGCAAAGCCCGCCGACGGCAUUCCUACACUCCUUGCCAGACUUGCAUUGGGAUCGCCCAUGAUGAAGGUCACCCUGGAGUCCGCAAAGGAUGAUAAGACCGUUGCCGAUUUCCUCUCUCUCGACUAUCUUACCCGUGGUACAGUUGGUUUCUACUGGGAUGGUGCCUUGGGCGGCGACAAGUGGGCACCUAAGGGAGACUACCGUGUGACUUUCAAGGCUCUUCGUAUUAACGGCGACAAGGAUAAGACUGAGCAGUGGGAUGUUAGCAAGACUGUCGACUUUUCCAUUGACUAUAAGGCGUAG